AUGCAGGUCGUCUGCAGCUUUGCACGAUGUUUCAGUUUCUACAGUGAUUUUGCUAUUUUCUUUCAAGCACUUUCAGAAGCUCGAGGCGCAGCAGUAGUAGUGUUUCAACUUAUUGACGAGGGAAAUGAAGCCAGCUUCAAUGAAACAGAUAUAUGGAAAGAGGAUGCAGAAUCGAUCUAUAAUAUCUAUGGUGAUAUUGAAUUGGACAAUGUCAACUUUACUUAUCCAUGUCGAAGAGAAGUAUCAGUUCUGCAUAAUCUCUCUCUUAUUGCUCGUGCUGGUCAGACAACUGCUCUUGUAGGUUCAAGUGGCUGUGGAAAAAGUACAUGUAUAUCACUGUUGCUUCGUUAUUAUGAACCUUCCUUGGGUCAAAUAACGAUCGAUGGUCGGUCAAUAACAGAUUACAAUGUCAAACAACUGCGGAAAAACAUUGGAGUUGUUAGUCAAGAACCUAUUCUGUUUAGUAUGAGUAUUUAUGAAAAUAUUCGUUUUGGUAAAGUAAAUGCAACACAAGCAGAAAUUGAAAAUGCAGCACGAGAAGCAAAUGCACAUAAUUUCAUCAUGCAAUUACCAUAUAAAUAUGAAACACUUGUUGGUGAACGUGGUAUACAGUUGAGUGGUGGUGAAAAACAACGUAUUGCAUUGGCUCGUGCUCUUGUCAAGCAACCAAUUGUCCUUUUACUGGAUGAAGCAACAAGUCGUACAACUAUUGUUAUUGCUCAUCGUUUGACUACAAUUCAUAAGGCUCAUCAAAUAUAUGUAUUAGAUAAUGGAACUGUGAUUGAGCAUGGUACACAUGAAAGAUUAAUGGCAAAAGAAGGAGGAAAAUAUCAAGCAAUGAUCAAACGUCAACAAACGGAAAAAAUUGAUGAUGACAACGAUGAUCUGAUGAACAUACAAAAAGCAACAGAAGAAGAUGAAAAGUCGAUAUUGGAACGCUCUCGUUUACUUGGCAAUAGUGAAAUUGUUAAAAUGAACGAAUAUACAGCUUUUGCCAUAUCAGGAUCGAAAUUGACGCAACGUAUUCGUUCGAAAGCCUUCUCAUGCCUACUUCGCCAAGAAGUUGCGUAUUUUGAUCGACCUGAAAAUAGUUCUGGUGCGAUUUGUGUUCGUCUUUCUUCUGAUGCAUCAGCCAUCCAAGAUAUGACUGGUCAACGUGUGGCUCUUGUUGGUACAUCUGGAUGUGGAAAAUCGACAAUUAUUCAACUUUUAGAACGAUUCUAUGAUGUUACAAGUGGCCAACUACUUCUUGAUGGUAUUGAUAUUCGACAACUAAACCUACAUUGGGUUCGUUCUCAGAUUGGCCUUGUGAGUCAAGAACCAAUCUUGUUCGAUUUAACAAUAGCUGAAAAUAUAACAUAUGGCUUAGAAAAUAUUCCAAUGGAAGACAUUGUUAAUGCAGCUUGUAGAGCUAACAUUCAUCAGUUUAUUGAACAACUGCCUCAGGGUUACGAAACAAGAGUAGGGUUGAAAGGCAGUUUCCUGUCGGGUGGUGAGAAACAACGUAUUGCUAUUGCUCGAGUUCUUGUUCGUCGACCUAAAGUAUUGCUCUUAGAUGAAGCUACGAGUGCUAUGGAUUCACACAAUGAACAAAUUGUUCAAGAAGCUCUUGUAAAAGCUCAAAUGGAAGACCCUAAUCGAACAUUACUCAUUGUUGCUCAUCGUCUUUCAACAAUUCGUUCAUGUGAUAUGAUUUAUGUGCUGGCUAGUCGACAUAUAGUAGAAAAUGGUACUCAUACACAACUGAUACAACGACGUGGAGCUUAUUAUAAAAUGCUUGCUCAAAACAAUUUACAAUGA